AGGAAAAUUCAAAAUCUCAAGUGACUUCAUAAGAGAACUCACAUUUCCACCAUGUCUCCUGCACUCUACAACUACCUGUUUAUUCUACUGAUAAUCCUACCUAAAGGGCUCUCUCAUCUGGUGAGAACACAGCAGGUUGUCACAGCAACCCUGGGAGAAGAUGCAGACUUAAACUGUGAGCUCAUGAAACCCAAAGACGUGCGUCAAGUCACAUGGCAAAAAGUGACAGCUGGGGAGAAUGAAAAUUUGGCCUCCUACAGCAAACACGGUCCCAAUGUCAACCUACGUUUUAAGGGGAAAGUGGAGUUUGAAGACGAGGGACUGCAGAACUGCUCUAUCAUCAUCAGAGGAGUGUCAAGAGGAGACGAGUCCUGCUACAAGUGUCUGUUUAACACCUUUCCAGAGGGAGCUAUUAGUGGAACCACCUGCCUCAAAGUCAAUGAGCUGUAUGGACCCUCACUCCUCAUCACACAAACCAACAACAGUCACACCACUCUGUCCUGUUCUGCUACUGGACGACCUGUUCCUAUAGUAACCUGGGAUGACAUCAUGAUAGAACAUUCCACCAUGGUUGAUGUCACCCAUCCCAAUGGAACUGUCACUGUGACAACUACUGCAACAGUGGUAGUGUCCAGUCUAACUGACAAAAAGGUUAGGUGUGUUGCUUCACUAUCCUUUGGUGGUUCCAUCAAGGUGGUUUCAGAGGUGAUUCCAGCUAGUGAUCAAGCUUCAUUUGCAGGUCAAUCUCAGGUCUCUGAUGAUGACAGGAUCAGUGGUACAGUGGUUGGUGCAGUGAUGGGUGCAGUGUUGUGUUUAAUGUGUCUCAUCUCUGUAUUCUGUGUAAUAUGGCGGCAAAAUAGAAAAGAUACCUCUUCCAGGGAAAAAAACAUACCGGACCCUGAAAACAGCAAGACUCCUCUAAAGACACAACAGAACAGAUCACCAUCCAAACAUUUCACACCAUCCUCCAGUCCAUCACACAUGUCACACUCAACCAACUCGUCAACCAAGCGUAGGAUGAAUAAGAAUACAUCUUUCAGGGACACACCAAACUCCAGUCCAUCAAUGAUAAAAUCCCUCAGCUCGUCAGACAAGCGUAUGAUGCAUCAAGCUCAGGAGGCUGUAAAAAGUAUCUCCAUUCAAGAAUCAGAUGAUGGUGUAACAAGAAACCUUCUAGAAGAUGACGACUACUGAGUGACUGUCACGAACCGGCUCAAAGCCUGUAACAAAGGGAGACAACGUGGAGAUAAGGAGUAACAAAAUAUAUAUUUAUUAACUAAAGCAACUAAGGAAAAUAUACAAUGGUGUGUGUAAUCAGUAAUCAGUAGUGUAAGUGAAUGUUUUGCAUGCAUGAAUGUGAUAAUGCAGGGUGUUGAAAGGUGCCAAAGCAAACAAACAAAAGGCCACCAAGAACCACAACACAAUAUACAAAGGUGUCUGCAUGGAGAGAGUCUCUUCCAUGAAUGUGGAAGAGGUAUAUUUAUCCUGGGAGACACAUGGCCCAGGUGUUUCCCAUGAAGCUGACGACCCUCCCAACUCCACCCACAUCCUAAUAAGGAAACAAGAACAAAGACAGAAUACGGCAGACAGAGUGGGAGGGUCGUCACAUUCCCCCCCAUAAAACCGGGGACCAACAAGGACCCCGGAACAUCAUACCAGCCUCUGCGUCCCAAAUUGACACAGCCUCUGCGUCCCAAAUUGAUGAGGGGUUAUGUGUUCACACCUCCACCUGCACCAACCAACCUCCUCAGACCUCAGCAACCUUUGCGCAUAGGAAGCAAUAUUUAAGAGGAAAGAAGAACACAAGACCAGGAGGGAACAGACAGGAAAGAUAGAACAUGACAACCCGAAACAAUGGUCAGUCACGUAAACAUUCAGAAACAUGGCACAAAAGACCAACAGCUACAAACUCCAACGAAAAGAACACCAGGGUCCUUCUUAAUUUUUACAACCCCCAACGAUUCAUAGUCACUUCCAACAAUUCAUAGUCACUUCCAACAAUUCAUAGUCACUUCCAACAAUUCAUAGUCACUUCCAACAAUUCAUAGUCACUUCCAACAAUUCAUAGUCACUUCCAACGAAACAGAAUUUCACUAAUUUCAAUCAUUUAACCUUGUAGUGUUCAGCGAUCUUCAACAGCUGUUCUUUAGUACAUAAUUCUAACAGGUCCUCUGAUGGAAAGCGAAUGAACUUGUAUACAUGAGACACCAUAGUCAUAAGUAAAUAAUCUCAACCCCUCUGCUGAGCACAUCAGACCACAACCAGAGAAAUGACAAUCACCCUGAGCACCACAGAAGAGAGAUGAGAUACGGAGCUUCCCCAAAACCUACAAUAACUCAACCCUAGUCUUCGUGCAGAUUUGCGGUGGGUAUUUACGCACUGUAGCCCGCUGGCAAGGAAAUAGAACUCCCCAGCAUGCUGGCAAAUUCCACCAAGCCACGGAUGUGCCCCCGAGACAACUGCUCAGUCCACAGACACUACACAAAAAUAAACAUUUAACCAUGUCCAAAAUUGAAACACGUCGCUAAGCCUAACAGGGGAAAAAGGCUAUAGCUCCGGGUAGCAAGUUCCACUACCCCUACACAAAUCUCCUACCAAGGUACACAGCCGAUGUACUCACCUGCUCAGACUGACUUCCCAACAGAAAGUAGAACAAGAGUUUCCAGGCUAGGCAGGGCCUGGAAACUAACCAUUAUCCCUCUCCAACGCAGCACACAAACCAAACAACAAAGGCAACCAAUAGUGGGCCGAUCAAACUCAAUAUGCAAACCAAACACUUACCUCCACGGUCUCCCAAACCAAUAGUUCAAAGAUCCCGGAUGAGCCCCCACUUGUCACGAACCGGCUCAAAGCCCGUAACAAAGGGAGACAACGUGGAGAUAAGGAGUAACAAAAUAUAUAUUUAUUAACUAAAGCAACUAAGGAAAAUAUACAAUGGUGUGUGUAAUCAGUAAUCAGUAGUGUAAGUGAAUGUUUUGCAUGCAUGAAUGUGAUAAUGCAGGGUGUUGAAAGGUGCCAAAGCAAACAAACAAAAGGCCACCAAGAACCACAACACAAUCUACAAAGGUGUCUGCAUGGAGAGAGUCUCUUCCAUGAAUGUGGAAGAGGUAUAUUUAUCCUGGGAGACACAUGGCCCAGGUGUUUCCCAUGAAGCUGACGACCCUCCCAACUCCACCCACCGGCAUCCUAAUAAGGAAACAAGAACAAAGACAGAAUACGGCAGACAGAGUGGGAGGGUCGUCACAGUGACUCUCAUCACAUUGCCACACACACCAAAUCACUAUUGACUAAUCUGGUUAAUAUGAUAAUUUUUUACUCAAAACUGUCUCUCUCACUUUCUUUACGUAAGCCAUACCUUAAUAGGGUUAUUUACUGUCUGUGCCAUAUUCACAUUAGUCACAGCUGCUGUUAGAAGUGUUC